UCGCUCAUGUUGUCAAGAUAUUAGUACUGAAAACAAUCACCAACUGCUGUCUUUUUUAGCACUACCCUACAUCUUAGAACUGACAGGGCUUUGAAUUUACUUAGAAAUACUAUCUUGUUGCAGCGAUACGACAAUGAAAGUGAUCAAGACAAUGGAAUCAAACCACAUGAAAGGUUUACACCGAUGGAUCUGCUGAAUUGCCUCAACCGAAAGCAUAUAAAACUUGGAAUGGUUGUGGACUUCACUAACACUUACAGAUAUUAUAAUUACAGGGAGCUCUCUGACCAUGGCAUACUUCAUUGCAAGAUCAAAUGUGUUGGAAAAGAAAUUCCAGAUGAAAAUGUGGUAACAAGGUUUAAGACUGAGGUCUGCAGCUUUCUGGAUAAGAGGAGUAACUCAGAUGCUGUUGUUGGGGUCCACUGUACUCAUGGUCUAAACAGAAGUGGUUAUGUAGUUUGUAGAUAUCUUAUUGAAUGCAGAGGAUACACCCCUGAAGAGGCUAUCAAAGCAUUUAAUAAAGCUCGAGGACAUGAUAUGGAGCGUGAGAAUUACCUGGAGGAUCUUCAUAAAAAAAUCCCCGAAUUCGAUUUCACGUCUUUCGUUCGUGUUGGGGAUAACCGGAAACAGGACGAAAUUCAAUUUGACAGACCAAGACAUCUCCAUACCAACUCAAGAUAUGCCUCAAGGAACGACGCAUUUGAAGAGAACAAAACAAACUCGAGAUCUUCUAACUACAUCAGGGGAAGUACAAGUGGUUACAACGACUUCAGAUCGCGUUAUCAACAAGUCGAUCGUUAUCAACCUACAGGCACCCCAACCCAACGUAGACAUUACACGGAAAGGAGGUUUAGAAGCGAACGACACAGGGAAGAUGAUCAUGAUACUUAUUCUCGCUACGAUGAUUCUAAUAGAACUUAUUAUAAUCCUGAACGUGACCAUCGUAAUUAUCCCGAAAGGAAUUAUAAUGAUCACGGUGAUGGUUAUUUUUAUUCUGAUAAUUACUGUGAAUAUGGUAGGGAAUAUGAAACAUAUGCAAGCUCCAGUCGACCUAGAAGAAGUCGAGAGGACUCUUACAGGCGCGAUCACGUAAAGAGAACUUCCUUAGUUAGGGAUCGACCGAAGCCAUACACUCAGCGCAGAAAAUAACGUUCUUAAAACUAAAAGGUCAAGGUUCAUUAUUAUUUUUACUUCAAAGGGCUUAGAUGAUCUAGUGUGCCGUGAUGGGUUUCCUAAGUCAUGCCACCUUCACGAACGAUCAGAUUCAAAACUAGAACAUAGUUAGUAGAGGGGACUCUACUAACUAUGACUAACUAUGACUAGAAUCAAUCGCGACUUGUUUCCAUUCCUUUCAACCAGCUACAGGUAGUUGGUUCGUUGUUGCUUCCAGUCAUUAGGAUUACUUCUGCCAGACGACAGCCUUUUCGACAGCGCCCUAAGAUUCGUGUAUUGCAAGCUACCACAUUUUAAUCGAAAAAAAUUUUAAUCGCUCAGUUAUACCUUAAUAUUAGUCUUUUUACUUUAAACAGUUCCCAGUUUAGAAUAUAAGCUGAGUUUUUCAAUAGAAAACUGUCACGACGUUGAAAAUGAUUUUUUUAGUGCUAGUAAUAGGUGAGGACGCUUUGAUAUCUUAAGAUUUUAUGAUAUGUAUCUUAUACUUAGAGGUGGAGUGGAAAAUAUAGCUGAAAACCGACCAGAGUAAUUUUAUUUAAAUCUGUAUAAAUACGUUUUCAAAAGGAUUGGGUAUGAGAAAGAAAAAAGCUAACAACUAUUUUCCCUCUGAAACGCUAAAUUCUUUGGACAGAUGCAGUCACCCAGAUAAAAAGAGAAUCACUAAUUACGUCCUCAAGACAGUUUGAAAAAUUUACUUCUGGUCUACUUGCUCUGAUUUUGGUUAUUUAAAAACAAAGCUGACAUUUUAGAAGUGAUGGAACACUUAAAAACAUUUGAACAGAUGACACUGAAAUACAAACUGGCAAAAAAAUUACAGGCAACGUAGCUUUAUACAUUUGAAAUCAAUACUGAAAGGGCUGGUGUACUCACGAACAUGGAAAGCAGAGUAUUCUUUGACUAUUAUAUGUUUGAUUAUUAUUAAAAGUAAAUUACUAA